CGCUCUCUAUGUGCAUCGGCGCGGGCGGCGGGGCCCGGGGAUGGCGAUAGACCGGCGGCGCGAGGCGAGGGGCGGCGAGGGCGGCGGGGGCCGGUAUCAGCCCCCUCCGGAGGAGAACGGGGCCCUGCCGGCCGGGGGGGCCGGGGGGGCCGGAGGGCCCGGGGGGGCGGCGGCCGUCGCGGCGGCGGCGGCGGCGGCGGCCGGGUCGGGCGGCGGGGGGUCCCCGGCGGGGGGCGGCGCGGGGCCCAGCGCGCUGCUCGUGGACUACGACGCGUCCGUGCUGCCCCUGCUCGGCGGGCUGGGCGGCGGCUACCAGAAGACGCUCGUGCUGCUCACCUGGAUCCCCGCGCUCUUCAUCGGCUUCAGCCAGUACUCGGACUCCUUCCUGCUGGCCCAGCCGGACUACUGGUGCCGGGGGGCCCGCCGGGGGUCCGCCGCCGCCGCCGCCGCCCCCCUCCCCGCCAACUGGACCGGCCCGCCCCCAACGCCCCGGACCACCACGGGGACGGGGACGGGGACGGGGACGGGGAGGGGGACGAGGACGCCGCCGCCGCCGCCGCCGCCCGCCUCCAACUCCACCGACUGCCAGUGCCACCAGUGGCACUACCGCAUCCGAGCCGGCCUCGUCCAAAAUGUGGUCAGCAAGUGGGAUCUUGUAUGUGAUUCAGCCUGGAAGGUUCAUAUCGCUAAAUUCUCCUUGCUGGUUGGACUAAUUUUUGGCUACCUGGUAACAGGAUGUAUUGCUGACUGGUUUGGUCGGCGUCCUGUGCUGUUGUUUUCCAUCGUAUUCAUUUUGGUCUUUGGUCUGACUGUGGCCCUCUCAGUGAACGUGACAAUGUUCAGCACACUCAGGUUUUUCGAAGGAUUUUGCCUGGCUGGGAUAAUCCUCACCUUGUAUGCUUUGCGAAUCGAACUCUGUCCUCCUGGCCAUCGGUUCAUGGUCGCCAUGGUGGCCAGCUUUGUAGCAAUGGCGGGGCAGUUCCUCAUGCCGGGUCUGGCCGCUCUCUGCAGGGACUGGCAAGUCCUGCAGGCCCUCAUCAUCUGCCCUUUCCUGCUGAUGCUUCUGUACUGGUCUAUUUUCCCAGAAUCCCUCCGGUGGCUGAUGGCCACCCAGCAGUAUGAGCCGGCAAAGAAGCUUAUACUUCACUUCACCUACAAGAACAGGAUGAACACCGAGGGGGAUAUCAAAGGGGUCAUGCCCGAGUUGGAGAAGGAGCUCUCUAGGCGGCCCAAGAAGGUCUGCAUUGUCAAGGUGGUGGGGACCAGGAAUCUGUGGAAGAACAUCGUAGUGCUGUGUGUCAACUCGCUAACUGGGUUUGGGAUACAUCACUGCUUUGCCAGGAGCAUGAUGGGCCACGAGACGAAGGUGAUGAUCCUCAACAACUUCUACGCUGACUACUAUACCAUGGCGGGCAUCACCUUGGCGUCCUGUCUGGCCAUGUGCCCGGUCGUUGGGUUCCUGGGGCGCAGGGGCGGCCUGCUGCUCUUCAUGAUCCUCACAGCCUUGGCCUCGCUCCUGCAGCUUGGCCUCCUCAACCUGAUUGGAAAAUACAGUCAUCAUCUAGACUCAGGGAUGACUGAAAGUGUCAGGGAGAAAUUCUCCACCACAUUUUCCAUUAUCGGUAUGUUUGCCUCCCAUGCGGUGGGAAGCCUCAGCGUUUUCUUCUGCGCAGAGAUCACACCGACGGUGAUACGGUGCGGAGGUCUAGGCCUGGUGCUGGCCAGCGCCGGGUUCGGCAUGCUGACGGCCCCCAUCAUGGACCUCCACAACCAGAAAGGCUACUUCCUACAUCAUGUGAUCUUCGCCUGCUGCACGCUCAUCUGCAUCAUCUGCAUCCUCCUCCUGCCCGAAAGCAAGAACCAAAACCUCCCCGAAAAUAUCUUCAACGGCGAACACUAUACCAGGCAGCCCCUCCUGCCCCACCGGAGGGGCGAGCAGCCCCUUCUGCCCACCACCUCGGAACUCAAGGAUUACUCGGGCCUCCACGAUGUGGUCGCUGUGGGCGACAGGCUGCCUGACAACGCCACAGUCAAUGGCGUCAGAUCUAUGUAAACCCUUCCCCACCCCCCACUGCCACCACCGUGGCUUGUCCAGGGCAGAAGGGGGAGCACUUUGGGUUUUGAUGAUGAUGAUUAUUUUUUAAUCCUUUUUGCACAGGUUUACGGCGUAGACCAAUGAUGGAAAAGAUGGCUGGUGGGAGAGGGAAAAUUCAACCCUGCUGCUAAAGCCACUUAAUGGUAGGAGAUUGACCAGAAGCAUAGAAAAAUUUCACCUUUUUCUAAAAGCAGACAUAAUGCAAUUGAUAUGAAACUGGGUAGAGAUGACCCAUCAAAGACCUUCUUCUCUGCCAUUAAAUGUUUUUAUUUAUUUUGGUCAUUUUCACGAGAAGCACUUUAUGUCCUUUUCCUCUCAUUGAUCACUAAAACGAAGACACCAUCUCACAAGGAGAGGCUGGGCCAUUCCAAGGAGGACCCUUAUCGUAAAAAAAGACGAAACCCAAGAGAGCGCUCUCUGCUGUAAAAGACCACCAGAUAAGUGAGGAGUUACUUGCUCCCCUAUCUUAAAAAAAGCUCAAUUCCCCCAGGUUUCCUGCUGCAUGUGUGUGUGUGUGUACAAAACACUAUUGUGAAUCAAAAACUGUGAGUGCAUUUUAGACCAGAGUAAAAUUUAAAAUUAAGGUUUCAAUAGUGAGUCCAUGUGAGGUUUUGAAACCAAAAAAAGAUUUUAAAAAAGCCCACCCAAGUUUUGUGUGUCAGAGCUUCCUAUUUCCUCCACUUGGUAAAGAAGCUCAUGAACCACACUAAGGUAGGCUCAGUCUUUCCUUCAGGAUCAUCUUUUAAUCCUUAAUAUUCAAAGCUCCUUUGGGAAACGUUUAAGCUUCUCAUGAAAUUCAGCAACCCUGAAGGACUAGAGGCAAUGUUACUCUUUUUCUGAAACCAUGUUUGCCUAUCAAAGCAUCAAGGUGGUAGAGGUGAUCUGCCAGUAGGAUUUAACUCAUUCCCGGGGGCAGGCCGGCCCAAAUCCCCACAUUUCCGAGUCAACCAUUCACAAAGCAGCUACUUCGUGAAUAGUAUUUAGGAAAAGAACUGGUACAUGAGCUGGUCGUGGGGAGGAAACGGUUAUCCCCAAACACUACUGCUUGACUAUCCCGAUCCCUCACCCUGCAGAAAUGUUACCUCUUAAGAGUGAGUUGGAGAUUGCCUGGCCAGGCUGCUGACUAAGUCAGAGCACAGGAAGAAGUGGUGAAGUUAACAGCCACCCAUUUUUAGCAUUUUCUGCUCCAGACCAGCAAAGGACGGGGAAGAAGAUGAAAAUCAAUGGUCCAAAUUGAACACUUCGUUUCCUGCAAUUUUCAAGUGCCCAUGCUGCUCCUGCUCCCUCUUGUUUUACAUAAUUAAAGCAUCAACAAUCCCUUU